CAACUCGCGGGAAGCACACUUGACUAAACAGUAGCGCACAUGUGCCUUUCAGUGGCCAGCUUCUCCGCUGUUAAUCAUCAAAAAGUUCUACCUUACGAUUUCUUUUUAUUUCGCACUGAGCGACAGCGAAUUCGACUUGAUGUGAAUCUUUAUGGAACAUAAUGACAUGCCAACAAUUGAAUUCAUAUAGAAUAAUUAACCUUACGAACGUCUUUCGUCGUCAUUGAAUUUUUCAAACACGAGUAUAACGAGUGCUGGAUAAAAGCUUUUCAUUUCAUCAUUUAGUUUCAAUCGAUUUCGAGUCUUCUCUGAAGCGGUCGAAAGUAUACGAAGCUCUCGUGAGACGGGUUUUCUUAAUACUCCAGUGAGAUGAAUUUACUUACAUUAUGCGGCAUGGUCGCAUUGUAUUUGACAUCGAACUUGGAGGCCAAUCAGGACGUUCUUCAUCACUGUGCCUCCGACGCCAAUUUUUGGCUCACUAACGUCGAGUUAUGUGCCAAUUUCACCGUCGGUUUCACGCUCGAACAGAAGAAGCGAGGUUACGAUAUCGUAACACAGGGUCUCAACAAAUUCGCUAUGAAGUUUUUCGAGAAUAUCGGCGCAACGACGUGCGGAAGCUUCGUUUGUGGGCCCCUGAGCGUUUCUCUUGCACUGUCCAUGGCCGUUUACGGAGCGCGUCAUAAUACGAAGAAAGAGCUGGCGAGAGCGUUGGGUUUUAAGCAUAACGAUAUUCCCAUAGCGAGGGCAGGAUUUCGUACACUCAUGGACAGUUUAGCGAAUGUGAAAAACGUAAAUUUACGCGCGUCUAACAAGCUCGGAAUUCCAAUCGAUGGUGUCAGGCCUAAACGUACAUUUUCUUACGUCACCAGAAAUUUUCUUCGUUCAACCACCGAAAGUCUCAAUUUUAAUGAGACUGCAAACGACCGAAAACGAAUUGUGAAAAACUGGCUCAACACUCAGGCAAAUGAUACUUCUGAGCAUAUAAUAAGCAUGAGUACUUUGACCUUCGACCCGCUGUUGGUCUUGGCAAGCGAAGUAUACUUAAAGACCGACUCGAUUUAUGGUUUCGAUAAACUACGUUAUCACUCGAAUAGAUUUUGGGAAAAUGGUGUACAGAAAGGCAUUGCACGGUUUUUGGAUGCAUGUGAUCAUUAUCGUCAUGGCGAACUUCCCGAGCUCGAUUCCGAGUUUGUUGAACUCCCAUAUGGGAAAAGUAAUCUGGACGACGGUGUUAGCAUGGUCAUUGUGCUUCCGAAACAGAGGAACGGUUUAAAGAAUUUGGAAAAAAAAUUAGACAGAAUUGAGAUCAAAAAUCUUCUCGAUGGUGAGCUUAAAAGGGUCCGUGUCUACUUGCCGAGGUUUGACCUUGAAAAUUUUCUGUGGCUUGAAUCACCACUUCAAAACAUGGGACUGAGGGAGACGUUCUCGCCGCUGUCAAAUUUCUCGAAAGUGGUAUCAACGUCUUCCAUCCAUGGCUACGCUUCAGAACACGCAGCCAGAAUCCAAGUCAAGGCGAGUGACUAUGACAUUACAACAGAAGACUCGAGUAUUUCCUGUUCAUGCAAGACACUCGAUGAGUUUGACGUAACCUACUUCAAGGUGGAUCAUCCUUUCAUCGCUAUAGUCGUAACCAGGAGCACGAACCCAGUGAUCCUGCAAAUGGCUCGUUUCACUGGCGUAUGAGGCUCAUUAUUUUUUUGUCACGAAUUUCUGACUCGCAGUAUAUUUUUUCAUACAUUUUUCUAAACAAAUAAAUUCAGAUUCACUUGAACAAAAACAGAUGAAUUACAAUGUCAAAAAUGAAGAUUGCAGACUGCUUUUUCAGGAGAGUAAAAACACAACGAAAAUAUUCAUUUGUAUUUAUACAUAGAAAAUUAAUUGUGACCUGGGCAAAACGAAGUUUUCUCAAAUACUAAAAAAUAUAUACGGUAUUUAUUUGCCGUUCUCGAGAAAAAAAAAAAAAAAUCAAUUUUUUGGGGG